AUGCCUCACAAGAACGAAGCCAGCAUGACAACCGAGCAUGCCUUCCAUCACAGAAGCCCAUCAUCCUACACGCGAGACCUUAACAAGUUAACCCCGAAGCCUGCUUCCCCUUUGUACAAAAGCUACUUCGACGUCCCCUCCAGAUCCCAGACUAGCCCUUAUCACGCUGCAUCCGACUCUGACACUUUCCAACGGAAGCAAUUUCGCAGACUCGAAGUCGACAGCAGCAAGGAAAAGACAACAGAGAACGCGCUUGCGUUCCCUACUUCUGGCGUCCUCGAUGACUCUUUUAACUUCUCGGGCCGUGGAGAUCUCACUCCUCGUCUUCCUCGUGUCCGCACCCGUACUGGCCCUUCGCGAUUCUCUGGGACGUCCUCUUUGGAAGAGCCUCCUCAGACACCUAGUGAUUUCUCGUCAGGUCGCGGUUGCCCUCUCGACUUCUCCGUUGUCGUCGCUGCACCAGUUGCAGGGGUGGAGACUCUGGAUGCGUUGGUCGAUGGAAUGAAUGGAUUGGGCGGGACUUCCAUGGAGGAUCUUUUAUCCGGAAAUUUAUCCAGUCGUUCCCGCUUCGCCCUCCCUGCUUACCAUCCGUUAUACCAGCCUCCCCUACCUACCCCACCCCCCGGUGUCGUCUUGGGAAAGGGAAAAGGAGCAAGGAAAGAGAAGAGGGUCAGUUCGGAUGACGACGACAAGCCCUCCACUUCGCACUCGGCUCGGUCAAAGCUCCGUCACACGCUCUCUCAGAGAUCAGCUUUCACAAGAAAAUUAUCCUCAUCCACUAUUACAGUUGACUCUGUCUCCACCGGUGUCACCACGCCGCCCCCAUCAAAUGACUCUAUUGAUGACCUUCCUAGUGCCGUACCCCCGCCGGCAGAGCGCCCCAAACCCGUCAUCCCAUCCAUAUCGGAGAUUAUCCGCAGUCAUGCCCCCUACGCGUCCCAGCAACACUCAGGUCCAAAUUCUUUGCCAACCUCGCCUCGCGGCGGCAGCAAUGACCAUGCUCAUGCGGAAGAAGAAGACUCUGAACCAGAGCCUUUGACAGCCGAUGAAGAGGCAGAGUUCCGUAGCAGAUCUUCUAUGGAUAGCAUCGAGCAUGAAGUGAGGCAGACAUACCACAAUCAAACGUACUCUCCUGUGAUGGCGUCGGCCGGUGGUCCCCGCUCCCCGCCAUUGGCCUCUCUCCCGUCUAGCGGCUCCGACGGUGGAAGCAUUCACCUUGGAUUACGGAGCACCGCCUCGGACACCUACACCAAUACAUCCUCAACAGCGUCUGGGCAUGCCUCGCCGCUGAUCGAUCCCUCCCAACUCUCCAUGUCUCCGACCUCGGUAUCCCAGAUGAUCGCCGAGUACCUUCGUUCUGCGCGGUUGACCACCUUGCUCAAGCUCACUCGAUACCCCCACGCAUCCAUGGACAAUCCCCUUACGGUUAGCCUUGCUGAUAUGGGCGAUCCGAACGGAUUCCCUCUUGUCGUGUUUCUGGGUUUGGGCUGCGUUAGACAAAUUAUCGGUCUGUACGAUGAAAUGGCCGACUUGCUUGGUUUGCGGUUAAUUGCCAUUGACCGGUGGGGUUUGGGUCGCACUAAUGUGCCGCGUUUAAAGUCCGCGCGAGGGAUCAUGGAAUGGGCGUCUGCUGUGGAGGAAGUGCUUGACCAGCUCAACAUUUACGAGUGCAGCGUAAUGGCCCAUUCAGCUGGUGCUCCAUAUGCUAUGUCGUUUGCCAACCGCGUACCCGAGCGUAUCCGAGGUGAUUUAUGCCUACUGGCCCCCUGGAUCGGUGGUAGCGAAUCUGGCGGUUACAGGUGGUUGAAAUAUGUCCCCAACGGUAUCCUACGGACUGCUCAAGCAGCAGAGUGGAAGAUACAAGCAUGGAUGUUGGGAAAGCCCCCAAGAAUUACCUAUCGAGGUAUUGGUUACACCGCUCCGCCAUCACCUGGUCUUCGUAGCAGGAAGCCCAGUCCCCCUGGAACUGCGGAGUCCGAUUCCUCGUGGCAGACUGAGAGCUUGGGUAAGAUUGGCAACGUGUAUCAGUCGCCGGACACAAGACGACGGAUGAGUGUGGCCUCCAGCGUGUUCAGUGACUACGACGAUUUAAGGGACUUUGACGGAAGGUUUAGUAGCCAGAGUACGCUGGAGGCACGCUCUAUCAACCAGCAGAGAAGGAAGUCCUCAAGGGGUAUACUUGGGAGACUCAAAUCAUCCAAGUCUACUUCGCAGCCUCCGUCACCGAUACCAGCUGAAAUCAUUCCUCAGACAGGCGUGGGCAAGAAGCUCAAGACCCUCAGGUCUAUGGGCUCAUUAAAAAGCAAAUCUUCCGCGUCUGGCAUGAAGAAAGAGAAAGUAGAGGUGCCUGGUCCGCAGUUGCCACAACCCAUCACACUGGGUGGUGAUCUGGGUUUGGGCGACUUCGAAUGGAGCAAGUCCACUAGUCCGAGCCUAGAUUUACCAUCUCAUGCGACACCUGCACCAAUAAAAGCCACUCGAUCAGCGGGCAGCGCUGUCGAGAAGCCGAUGUUGCCCAGGGAAACCGGUAGACGAUCUAUCUCGUUCGGCGCUUCAAAUGCGAAAGUUAGGCUGGGUCCUUCCAGCCUACCCUCGUCUCCUCGCAAUAGCAUGUUUUCAACCCCUUGCUCGAAUAUCGUGGUAACAACGUCGAAUUCAUAUCAGGCAGCUCUAGGCAAUGCCUUGAUCGCAGCCUCGCACGCUGAAGCGUCCAGAGGCACGCACAGUGACCUCCUACAGAUUCUCAAUCACGACAACCGCCCGUGGGGAUUCUCCUACUCAGAUUACCCUCAUAAAGUGCAAGUAUGGUAUGGUGACAGGGACGAAAAAAUCGCAGAAAAUGCCGUGCGAUGGAUGGAACGUGCAAUGGGUGAAGAUAGAUGUCGUGUGAGGGUCGUCAAGGGUGCUGACCAUGCUCUGAUGUACAAGAGCUCGGUGGUUGUGGAUGUGCUAGAGUGCGUCAGAGAAUUCUGGUGAUCCUUUUUCUUUUUGGUCCGUUUCUGAUGUCUUCACGUUCGCUGCACCUCAAUUUUUCAUUUGCUCGUUGGUGCACCAUUUAUUCCUCCCUCACGAGUUUGAUUUUGCACGAUGACUAUUCAUGAUUUUCCUAUGUGCGUUCUAUGUUUCUUGUGCAUACCCAGUCAUUCCCCCUCUUUGAGUACUACAAUUUCACUGGAUGGAAGGGAUUUCACUGUACUGUUUUGCUGCAUUCGACCUUUGAUACCUUCGCACUUCCGCCCGCUAUAAUGUUGUUUAAGCAUUA